AUGGAGAUUCAACGACCAGUCAUCAAGCUCAUGGUUCUUCACUCAAAACACGACAAAAGUGACAGCAUUUCCCGACGAGAAUCUCUCGCCGGCAAAUCAAAAUGGAGAAUCUCUUUGUCCCGUUCUUCGUCUUCUUCUUCACAAUCCAACAAUUCGCCGUCGAAAACAGAGAUUCCGGCGGAAUUUCUCUGUCCGAUCUCUGGUUCCUUAAUGGCUGACCCAAUCAUCGUCUCUUCCGGUCACUCCUACGAACGAGCUUGCGUCAUCGCUUCUAAAACCCUAGGGUUUACUCCAAAUCCGUUAUUCCCAAAUUCGCCGCCGGAUUUCUCCACCGUCAUACCGAAUCUCGCUCUCAAAUCCGCAAUUCUAAGCUGGUGUGACCGACAGUGUUUUCCGCCGCCGAAGCCGCUCGACUACGCCGCCGCGGAGAAGCUCGUUUUUGCGUUAAUGGAGAAAACGCAUAGAUCCAGCCGGAAAGUGUCGAUUUCGGAGAAGGAGCUAAUCCAAGCGAUCAAAGACAAACCUUCCGUGAGACUCGACCACGCUGCGACUGAGCUUGACCGGAGACCUAAUUACUUCAAUUCGAGCUCCGACGAGUCAAUAGCCUCCUCGAGCCGUACGCUACAGUUAGCGACUCGACCUAGCUGCUUCUCUUCACCUUCAUCUGCAGAAAUCGAGUCGUUAGAACCAAACCCUAGCCCAGAAGAAGAAGCUUUACUGAUAAAGCUAAAGAGCAAUCGAAUCUCAGAGAUCGAAGAAGCUUUGAUUUCGAUCAGACGCGUCACGAGACUAGACGAAGCUUCUAGAAUCAAUCUCUGUACGACGAGGCUAAUCUCUGCUCUAAGGUCACUGAUCGCUUCGAGAUACGCGACGGUUCAGGUGAACGUCACGGCGGUUCUGGUGAAUCUCUCGCUGGAGAAAUCUAACAAAGUGAAGAUCGUAAGGUCAGGAAUCGUCCCUCCGUUGAUCGACGUUCUCAAAUGCGGUUCGUUGGAAGCGCAGGAACACUCCGCCGGAGCGAUUUUCAGUCUAGCUCUGGAAGACGAGAACAAGACGGCGAUCGGAGUUCUCGGAGCGUUAGAGCCGCUGCUUCACCUGAUCCGAGUCGGGACUGAGUUGACUCGGCAUGACUCGGCUCUUGCUCUGUAUCAUCUCUCUCUUGUUCAGAGCAAUCGAGGGAAGCUCGUUAAACUCGGAGCCGUUCAGAUGCUUCUAAACAUGGCGAAAUUAGGUCAAACGAUGAAUCGAGUGCUGUUGAUUCUCUGUAACAUGGCUUCGUGUCCGGUGAGUCGACCCGCAUUGCUUGACUCGGGAGCUGUUGAAUGUAUGGUUGGGAUUCUGAGAGAACCGAGAGAGGUUAGUGAGUCGACUCGGGAGAGCUGUGUUGCGGUUUUGUAUGGACUCAGUCACGACGGAGGAUUGAGGUUUAAAGGUUUGGCUAUGGCGGCGAACGCGGUGGAGGAGCUGACGAAAGUGGAGAGGAGUGGGAGAGAGAGGGCGAAGCAGAAGGCGAGACGUAUAUUGGAAGUGAUGAGAGCUAAAAUGGAAGAUGAUUCUUCGCCGGAGAAUGAGGAGAUUGAUUGGGAAGAGUUGUUAAACUCCGGUACUGUAACUCGAAGCCAGCAUCAACUCGGUGGCGACGGUGAGAAAAUCGUGUGUGCUAACUCGUCCGAGUUUUGA